AUGCUUUUAUUCCUCAAUCCAAUGCCUUUUGUCAAUGUAUUUACAGGAAAGCAAGUAAUGGUGAAAUGUAACAAAGGAAUGGAGCAUAAAAGCUACCUGCUAUCAGCAGAUGGCUACAUGAAUACAAAGAUUAUAAAUACAGAAGAAUCUGAAAAUGGGGCAUUCCUACUUAUUUUUCCAUUUUAUGUCUGUGUGGACAUAUAUGCAUGA